GCAACGCAACAGAGAAAAGUGAGAUCAAAUAAAAAUACACACAUAAACAAGAAAAAAAUGGGUAUGAAAAGAACAUCGUUGGUAUUGUACAUUCUCUUUGUAUUUCUUCUUGUGCAGCGUUUUCAUUCCGUGAGCUCAUCACGACCUACCUCAGUCGAUAAGAACCACGAGACUCUUCCUCUCAGUGAAGACGACUCAAAGUCAGAAGACGUUGUUGGGUUUGAAGGAAAGGCUCGGGAAUUAGCUGUCGUCAUCAAAAGAGGAGGCGGUGGUGGAGGACGAGGGGGCGGUGGCAGCAGGGGAAGCAAAAGUCGUCAUGUGAUUCCGAUUCAUACGGGUGGUGGCGGAUCGCAUCAUAGAUCAAGCGGAACCAGGAAUCUUCAAGGAACAGCCGGUUGGUUGGCUUUAUCGGUUAUUUUAGCCGGUUUAAUCUUGGUUCAGUAGUGGCCAGAGUAUUUAUUUCCUGGUGGUCAUCCUUUCAUUUAUGGUUGAGGUUCGAUCUGAUAAUUUACCUGAUCGCGCUAAAUUGUUAAUUUGUAGAAAUCAAUUCUUGAUGUACAUGUGUGAUUCUUCUACUCGUAUUAGUGUGAUUACUGUUUUUCUUUAGUAUAGCGUUUGUAUAUGAAAAGUUUAAAAUAGGAAAAAAAAAAUAUUGUGUAAGUUUAAACUCAAUCUAGUAAACGCGUACAUAAUUUCCAAACGUUAA